AUGCUCCAGCUCCAGAUGCACCCUCUCCCGCUGCCCCGCGCAGCCCCCCACCCUACCACGGCCACGCUCUCCUACUCUCUCCACCGCCGCCUCGCUCUCUCCGCCUCCGCCUCCGCCUCCACCACCCCAUUCUCAACCGAGGAGUACCUCAUCGCCACCUGCGGUCUCACCCGAGCCCAGGCGCUCAAGGCGUCCAAGAAGCUCCGCCACCUCAAGUCCGCCUCCAACCCAGACGCCGUGCUCGCCCUCCUCUCCGGCGUCGGCCUCUCCCGCCCGGACAUCGCCGCCGUCGUCGCCGCGGACCCGCUGCUCCUCCGCUCCAGGGUGGACAACGUCGGCCCCCGCCUCACGGCCCUCCGCGACCGCCUCGGCCUCUCCGAGCCCGAGAUCGCCAGCUUCCUCCUGGUGGGCGCCACGGCCCUCCGGUCAUGCGACAUCACGCCCAAGCUCGAGUUCUGGAUCCCCUUCUUCGGCUCCUUCAGCAAGCUCCUCCAGACCAUGAAGAGGAACAGGUCCAUCCUGACCACCGAUCUGGAGAAGGUGGCCAAGCCCAACAUAGCGCUGCUGGAGCAGUGCGGGCUAAGUGUUUGUGAUAUUGUCAAGCUGUCGACGCCCUGUUCUAGGCUGCUAGUGUUCAACCCAGAGCGGGUGAAGGCGUUUGUGCUGCGCGCCGAGAAGCUUGGCGUGCCCCGCUCCUCGUAUAUAUUCAAGUACGCGGUGGCUGUCGCGUGUUCUAUCACGGAAGACAAGGUCGCCGCGAGGAUGGAGUUCUUGAGGAGCACUCUUGGUUGCUCCAUGGACAAGGUGCGUGUUGCGGUUCGGAACAAGCCGCACAUUCUAGGAAUAUCAGAGGAUAAACUCCGUCUCAAGAUAGAGUUCAUGGUCAAUGAGGUUGGUUUGGACCCAGAGUACAUUGUCAAGAGACCCAUGCUGUUUACCUACAGCCUGGAGAAGCGGAUGAAACCCCGGUAUUAUGUCGCAAAGAUCCUGCAGGCUAAGGGACUGAUGAAGAAAAGUGUCGGCUUCCGGCGAUUAGUUGGCUAUGGUGAGGAUAACUUCAUUGCAACAUACAUCGACAGUCAUAAGGACACUGUUCCUGGGCUUGUAGAUGCUUAUGCAGCAGCUCGUGCUGGGGAGAUGCUUCUGAUGUCCAGCUUUGAAUGCAGACAUUGA